AUGUUCAAAAGCGCGGAGACAAACAUCCAAAGUUUUGUCGCGCUGUUGCCCAAGGUGAGGCGGGUUAAAAGCCGGGUCAUCCCAGCUGCUCAAACGGCGACAAGUCGGUGGCAACGGCGUAACGUGAGUACUAUGGUCGUACUCAGUAUGGUCGGCACGUCCUUGCGUCGGGUUCGUCUGCCGUUUGACGCCCACGUAUCCCAGCGGCUUGGUGUGGUUGACGCUUGUCGGACACCGAGUAUUUUCCAUCGAAAGAAUCCCUCGCUGAUUGAUCUCCCCCUUCAUCCUCGGUGCUCCGUUAUUGUCAAGAAGGUAUGUGCGGCUGUCACGGCCAAGUUCUCCGACCUCAUUGUCUCGAAACCGCUUACUUCGAUGAAAUGUGACCCAGCAUACGCCUGUACUAUGCACCAAAAGUGGCCAUUGCAGAGCAUCCGAACCAACAACGUCCUUGCUUAA